AUGAUUUCCAAUACUGCCAGUGUCCCUACCCUCCGUGGAGGUUACAUCACGCUAGAAACUGUGACCAAGCCAUGUCUGGUCAAGGAGCGCAAGACCAAGAUUAUCUGCACUCUUGGCCCUGCCUGUUGGAGUGAAGAGGGAUUGGCCAAGCUGAUGGAUGCUGGUAUGAAUGCUGCUCGUUUCAAUUUUAGCCAUGGUGAUCAUGCUGGUCAUUUGAGUGUCUUGGAACGUCUGCGCAAGGUCUGCAAAGAGAAGAAACGUAACAUUGCUGUCUUGAUGGACACCAAGGGUCCCGAAAUCCGAACAGGAUUCUUUGCCAAUGACGCGAAGAAAAUUGAAUUGACCAAAGGAGAGACCCUCGUGCUCACUGGCGAUUAUUCCUUCAAGGGAGACAAUAAGAAAUUGGCAUGUUCUUACCCUACUAUCGCCCAGAGCGUCAAGGAGGGACAGCAGAUUCUCUGUGCUGAUGGUAGUCUUGUCUUGACAGUCUUGUCCUGCAAUGAGGCUGCUAAGGAGGUCUCCUGUCGAAUCGAAAACAACUGUUCCAUUGGAGAACGCAAGAACAUGAACUUGCCAGGAGUUGUUGUUGAUUUGCCCACCUUUACGGAAAAGGACGUCGAUGAUAUUGUCAACUGGGCCUGCAAAUACAAGGUGGACUUCAUUGCGGCAUCCUUUAUUCGAAAGGGAUCUGAUGUCACAAAAUUGAGAAAAUUGUUGGCUGAUAACGGAGGAUCAGAGAUCAAGAUUAUCUGCAAGAUUGAAAAUCAAGAAGGGUUGGAGAAUUAUCAGGAAAUUCUCAAGGAAACGGAUGCCAUUAUGGUUGCUCGUGGUGACUUGGGCAUGGAAAUCCCUGCCUCCAAGGUCUUUUUGGCGCAGAAGUACAUGAUCCGAGAGGCCAACCUCAUGGGAAGACCCGUUGUCACGGCUACUCAGAUGCUCGAAUCGAUGAUCACUAAUCCUCGCCCAACUCGUGCAGAGUGUUCUGAUGUUGCCAACGCCGUCUACGAUGGAACCGAUGUAGUCAUGUUGAGUGGUGAGACAGCCAAUGGACCUUACUUUGAAGAGGCCGUCAAGGUCAUGAACAAGACUUGCUGUGAGGCUGAAUCCUCUCGCAACUACAACCUGUUGUAUCAGUCGGUACGAAACUCCAUUAUCAGACAAACCGGGACCCUUUCUGUUGGAGAAUCCAUGUCUUCAUCGGCUGUCAAGACAGCCCUGGACAUCCACUCCAAGCUCAUUGUUGUGCUCAGUGAAUCUGGACGAAUGGCCAACUACAUUUCCAAAUUCCGUCCCAGCGUCUCUGUCCUCAUGAUGACACCCCAGGAAACCGCAGCUCGUCAGGCCAGUGGAUUGAUGGCAGGAUUGCAUUCCGUGGCCGUGCAUGGUCUUGACAAAAGCGAAGAAUUGUUGGAAGAAUUGUCCCAUGAACUAUUAGAAAAUGGCAUUGCCAUGGAAGGAGAUGAGAUUGUUGUUUGUGGUGGACGCAUGGCAGGGCUUAAGGAACAGGUCCGAGUCUACAAGCUUGCCAAGGGCAAGAAACAUGGACACAUCAUCAACAGUCAUACCUUCUUCUUUGAUGCCAAGAUGAUCUUUACCUUUGUCCCGGAAUCCUUCUAG